CUGUUUGGAUGUACUGAAGGAUCCGGUGACUAUUCCCUGUGGACACAGCUACUGCAUGAACUGUAUUAGAAGUCACUGGGAUGGAGAGGAUCAGAAGCAUAUCUACAGCUGUCCUCAGUGCAGACAGACAUUCAUGCCGAGCCCUGACUUGAAAAAAAAACACAGUUUUAGCAGAUUUAGUGGAGGAAGUGAAGAAGACCAGACUUGAAUCUGCUCCAGCUGAUCUCUGCUAUGCCGGACCUGGAGAUGUGUCCUGUGAUUUCUGCACUGGGAGAAAACUGAAAGCUGUCAAGUCCUGUCUGCAGUGUCUGGCCUCUUGCUGUGACCAACACCUCCAGCCUCACUAUGAUGUUGCUGCAUUAAAGAAUCACAAGCUGGUGGACCCGUCCAAGAAGCUUCAGGAGAACAUCUGCUCUGCUCACAAUGAGGUGAUGAAGAUUUUCUGCCGCACUGAUCAGCAGUGUAUCUGUUAUCUCUGCUCCUUGGAUGAACAUAAAGGCCACGACACAGUUUCAGCUGCAGCAGAAUGGAACAACAAGCAACAAGUUGUUGGGAUGAAUCAACAGAAGAUCCAGCAGAGAAUCCAGGACAGAGAGAAAGAUGUGAGGAUGCUUCAGCAGGAGGUGGAUGCCAUCAAUCAGUCUGCUGACAAAGCUGUAACCAACAGUGAGGAGACCUUCAAAGAUCUCAUCCGUCUCAUUGAGAAAAGAAUCUCUGAUGUGAAGCAGCAGAUCAGAUCGAAGCAGACAGAUGAGGUGAGAAAAGUCAGAGAUCUUGAGGAGAAGUUGAAGCAGGAGCUUGUUGAGUUGAGAAGGAGAAGCUCUGAGCUGGAGCAGCUCUCACAAACAGAAGACCACAUCCAGUUUCUGCACAAUUAUCCUCUAAUGUCAAAUGUCAGUGAAUCCACAAAGCCAGCCGACAUCACCAGUGUUCACCAUCUGCAAUACUUUGAUGACGUUACAGUGGCUGUGUCAAAGACCAGAGAUAAACUACAGGAUAUUCUGAAAGAAGACUGGAUCAAGACCUCACCAAGACCAAAGGAUGUUUCAGGAUUGAGAACUGAGUUGAGGAACUUGAUGGAUGUUAACCCAUUUCCGACCCUGCCACCAGCAGAACCAAAGACCAGAGCUGAGUUCCUCUAGUAUUCACUUCACCUCACACUGGAUCCAAACACAGCACACCGCUGGUUGUCAUUGUC